ACCACCAUGCAGCCGCCGCCGAGGAAGGUGAAAGUUACACAAGAGCUGAAAAACAUUCAGGUUGAGCAGAUGACAAAACUUCAGGCCAAGCAUCAGGCAGAAUGUGACCUACUGGAAGAUAUCAGAGCAUUCAGUCAGAAAAGAGCUGCAAUUGAGAAAGAAUAUGCACAGAGCAUUCAGAAGCUGGCUAGCCAAUACUUAAAGAAGGACUGGCUUGGGAUAAGAGCUGAGGAACGAAGUGAUUAUAGGAGCAUGUACUCAGUUUGGAAAGCACUCUUAGAAGGCACCAUGCAGGUGGCCCAGUCCCGACUCAAUAUCUGUGAGAACUAUAAAAAUUUAAUUUCUGAACCAGCCAGGAGUGUCCGGUGCUUUAAGGAGCAGCAGCUGAAGAAGUGUGUGGACCAGCUGACAAGGAUCCAAGCUGAAUUGCAGGAGACAGUCAAAGAUUUAGCUAAAGGCAAAAAGAAAUAUUUUGAGACUGAACAGAUGGCUCAGGCGGUGCGGGAGAAAGCUGAUAUUGAGGCCAAGUCCAAACUUAGUCUUUUUCAGUCGAGAAUAAGCUUGCAGAAGGCAAGUGUGAAGUUAAAAGCCCGACGAUCGGAGUGCAAUUCCAAGGCUAUCCAUGCCAGGAAUGAUUAUCUCCUCACUUUAGCAGCUGCCAAUGCACACCAGGAUCGCUACUAUCAAACAGACCUAGUAAACAUCAUGAAGGCUCUUGAUGGAAAUAUAUAUGAUCACCUUAAAGAUUAUUUAAUGGCAUUCAGCAGGACUGAACUAGAGACAUGCCAAGCUGUACAAAACACAUUCCAGUUUUUACUGGAGACUUCCAGCAGGGUGGUGCGGGAUUACAAUCUCCAGCUGUUCUUACAGGAGAACUCUGUGUUCCACAAACCUCAGCCUUUCCAGUUCCAGCCCAGUGACAGUGACACUAGCCGACAGCUGGAAUCAGAGACGGGAACGACGGAAGAGCACAGCCUGAACAAGGAGGCGCGGAAAUGGGCGACACGCGUGGCCCGCGAGCACAAGAACAUCGUCCACAGCCAGAGGACCCUGGAAGAGCUGGAAUGCCACGGGCCCGUGAUGUCCGAGCAAACCCGAGCAGAACUGGAGCAGAAAAUAGAUGAAGCCAGGGAGAGCAUUCGCAAGGCUGAGAUCAUCAAGCUGAAGGCAGAAGCACGGCUGGAGCUGCUGAAGCAGAUUGGGGUGUCCGUGGACACGUGGCUCAAGAGUGCCAUGAACCAGGUGAUGGAAGAGCUGGAGAACGAGCGCUGGGCCAGCCUGCCCUCGGUCACCAACAAUGGCUCUGCGCACCUGGUCAAUGCUGAUGCAGAAAAGGAAGAAGGUGAAGAGUUUGAAGACAGCAUGGAUGUUUUUGAUGACAGCAGUUCUAGUCCUUCUGGUACUCUCAGAAAUUACCCUCUCACCUGCAAAGUUGUUUAUUCCUAUAAGGCUUCUCAGCCAGAUGAACUGACCAUAGAGGAACAUGAGGUGUUGGAGGUCAUUGAAGAUGGCGAUAUGGAAGACUGGGUAAAGGCACGGAACAAGGUGGGACAGGUGGGAUAUGUGCCGGAGAAGUACCUGCAAUUCCCAACCUCCAGCAGCCUCCUGAGCAUGCUGCAGUCCCUGGCUGCACUGGACACCCGAUCCCACACCUCCAACAACUCCACGGAGGCUGACCUGGUGCCAGGCAGCCUCAACGGAGACUCCAAUGUCUGUUUUGUAAAAGCACUUUAUGAUUACGAGGGGCAGACAGAUGAUGAGCUGUCCUUCCCAGAGGGAGCCAUCAUCCGCAUCCUGAACAAGGAAAACCAGGAUGAUGAUGGUUUUUGGGAGGGAGAAUUCAACGGCCGCGUCGGGGUCUUCCCCUCGGUGUUGGUUGAAGAGCUCACAGCCUCAGAGAAUGGAGAGACUCAGUGGAUUGGGGAUAUCCAGGUAUCCCCAACUCCAAAGGCCAACAACUCCCUACCACCACUGCCUCUGUAUGACCAGCCUCCCAGCAGUCCCUAUCCCAGCCCAGAUAAGAGAGGAUCCCAGUUUUUCCCCAGAUCUCCGUCAACGAACGAAAACAGCUUUGGUUCAGAGUCCCUUGGAUUCUCCCAGCCUCUACGAAUUCCUCCAGAAAGUUCCUAUGGCAAACUGCGGCCUGUGCGAGCAGCUCCACCCCCCCCGACACAGCACCAGCGCCGGCCCACGGAGAAGAUCGAGGACGUGGAAAUCACUCUGGUGUAACGAGGGAACUGGCUAACUAGUAGUGCUACAAUC